AUGUUGUUCUAACUUCAUCUUAUUUUUUUGUUCUAAGGCUUAUAAUCAAUCAAAGGCUAAGCUACAACUAUUAUGAACACUUAAUAUUAGUUGAAAAAGAUGCUAUUUAAUUCGACUACAAUCCCAAAUAAUGCAAUUUGUUUUUAGUAUGGAAUUUUUAGUUAGUAUACUCCUCUAAGUAAUAUUACACAAUUUGGGGAAAUUGGAAUUCUGGAUAGCAACUGCUAUCAUAUACAUAGCGCCAUUGGAUAAUAUACCAAUAAAAUUAACUUUAUACUUUAUGAUUGUAUUGAUCAAAAAGAAUAAACGAUUGAGAAGUCAGUUGCAUUUAUUGGAAGCGAUGGCACAAUUUACAAAUAGUCUUAUUAAUUAAACCUGGAAAAAUAUGAAAAUUUUUGGUACUUUUUUGGGCUCGUAUUCAAUCUUAAAGAUAAUAGCAUCACGCUUUAUAUUUAAUAGAAAGAGGUUGUGCUAUAUACUCAAGAUUUUAAUGUUUAAUAUCCAUAUUAAGAUACAGAUUUGGAAUUAACUUUUGGAGGGGAUUUAUUUAUAAAAAAUAAUUAAAUGUUAUAUACAGAAUUAUUAUCUAAACUGUCGUAUUUUCCUGGAAGGAUGAUUUAUUUAUCCCCAGUUUCUUUUGAUAUAAGUUACAAAUGCUAGAGUUCAUUUUUGUAGCCGCUUAUCAUAUCAAAUUAGAAACUUUGUAAAUGUUUUUCUAGCACAAUCAAAACCAUCCCAGAUACGAUAAUUUAAAAAUUAGAUCAUUCUUAGUUCAUAUCAGAAACUAUAAAUUGCGACUCCUAUUAUUUUUAAUCAUGGAUUAGAAUUAAAGAAAGAAAAGUUUUUAUUGAAGAUAUCUAUUAUCAACUAAUAAAAAUAUCCUCAAAUAUUCAGAAUCCAAAACUUGUAGAUGAAAACUUGUCAACAUUUUAAUUAUUUUAUAAAUUGAAAGGAAAAAACAAUCAAAUUAUAAUAACAACUUAUAGUUACACGUUGCCAACUGUAAAUGUUAACUUUGUGGAUACUCCUUAUUUAAUUACUAAAAUAUUUGAUUUAGAUGUAAAUAUUCAAUUAUGGCAUUUUGUACGAGUUAUUAAAAGCUAAAAGUCGAUACAAAUUAAAAUACACUUUUACAACGUAUACGAAAUCCAUUAAUACGAUUUUGAAAGCAUUGUAAAUCAAUUUAGUUAAGUCCAAUUUAAAUUAUAAUAUGGUAAUUUAAGGUAAACCUUAAACUACUUAACAUUUGAGCUUAUAUCUAUGAUGUUUUUUAACUGUGAAACAAAUCAGGAUUCAUUGAAUUCAUGUCAUUACUCUUGUAAAGACUGUGAUGGUCCAACAAAAUAUGAUUGUUUGUCUUGUGAUGAAACUUAAACUAGGAUAUAUUUAGAGGAAUAUAAGGCUUGUAUUUGUGCUUAUGGAACUAUUGAUUCAGAUCAAUAAUGCAUUAAUUAUUAAACGUAUGGAGUAAAUAUUGUUAAAGGAUUUUAGGAAAUGUUCUAUUGCUCAUAUGGUUAUUUUGAAUUUGAAGGAAAUUGUUGGUAGUGGUACUUAUUAAUAUACUAAUCAUAGUCCUUCUACAAUAAGAAAUAAUUUAAUAACUUGUAUAGAUUGUGUGAUGAAUCCAAAAACUUGGAUAAAAAAUCCCUAUUGUUCAUUCGAUUUUGUAACAGAUAAUACGUAAUCACCUUAUUAAAAAUUGGAUUAUAAUCGAAUAUAUUAUACAUUUGAUGGAAGUCAUUUAAAAGUGUGUGAGCUUUGCGAUAACAUCCCAGAUAUAUAUGAAGAUUACUAGAAAACUCAAAAUCCUAUUUAUAAUUUCAAUUAGAACAGGGCAUAUGGAUAAACUGAGUAUCAAAAUUCUUAAGAUCGACUUUCUUGUUUUUUUUUCAAAGAUUGCAUGUUUUGUUAAAUUGAUAUAUUCAAACCCCAAUGUCUUGAAUGUAGAAUGAACUAUGCUAAGAAAAAUGAUUUUUGUUAACUUUAAACUAUUCAGAGUACUAUAUAUUAAAUAUGUGAUGCUCCAAAUUAUAUAAAUUUUAACAACAUUUGUAUCAAAUGUCCAAUUGAAAAUUGCCAUUAUUGUUUUGAGUACUUUAGAAGUGAUUACUACUAAAACACAUUAUUUUCCUAACAACAAUUUAGCACAAUUGAUGAAGAAAUAGUUGUGGGUUGUGCAGAAUGUAAAUAGGGAUUUAUAUAUGAUUUUACUAUCUAGAAGUGUAUUUAUUAAGAGCCAAAAUUAAUUAAUUGUCUAAGAUCAUAUAUUAAUUAACAAGGAGAAGAACUAUGCACUCUUUCAUCAAUAAACGAUUUUACAGUUGCUCCUGAAAUAACGAAUUGUCAAAAUACGAUAUAUUAAUGUAGAUAGUGUGUCUAAACCCCUUAAUUUAUAGUAAAGUGCAUUAUUUGCGAAGAAGGAUAUGGGUCAGCUUUAAAUACAGGAAUUUGUUACGUAAAUGAAAAAUUAGUGAAUACAAGAUAUAGCGUUUAAUGGUAUGAUUACACAAUCUGGAAAAUGAUUGUUUAGAGUUUUUCAAUAGUAUUCAUGAAGGGUAAUCCUGGACUCUAUACAUGGUAAAAUAGAUUGAAUUAUUAUUCUGUUGAAUGUUUGCCUGGAUAUGAAAUAAUAGCAUAGAAAUGUGUAAAGUAUUGCGAUGAAAAUUGCCAAUAAUGUUUAAAGUAAGAGAGUUUAUAACAAUUUACUUGUACAUUAUGCUCAUUAAAUUAUUAUCAGUAACACUACAGAGUUUAAAAAAAUGGAAAAUGUUUGGUUUGUCCUCCGCUGUGUUUGGUAUGCCAAGAAAGAUCCAAUGAUGACAUUUUGGUAGACUAAUAUAUUUUAUAUUUUAGAGUGUGAACCCUUAAUUCAAAAUCAAAGAAGCUAAUAUUUAAUUUUCCACUUAUUGCGUAAAAAGUAUCCCAAAUUCAAAUGUUUUCAUAAACCCAUAUCUAAAAAUUGCCUCAUAUAAUUAUGGUGAUCCAAGUAAAUCUGCAAUUUAAUAUUCAGUAAUAAACUAUUAAUACUAUUAGUCUCUCUGGUUUUGCGAUAAUUUCUUUGGGUCAGAAUAUUCUGACUUUGAAAAUUAUUUUGACUUCUCCUAUUUAAACGAAAUUGGUCUUCAACAAUUCAUACUUACAAUUUAAAUACAGAUAUCAUGUCAAGAUAAGGUAAUAAUGAACUCCUUCAAAUCCAAAAUAUUUUCACUCCAAUCUUUUAAAUUAGAAUUAACUGGUAUUCCGCACCCUUUAGCUCUCUCUAAGACAUUUUAUUAUUCUAAUUUUGAUUAAGUUGAAAUUAGAAACCUUUUGAUUUAGAUGAAUGAAAUCUUGAUAUUUUAAUUCAGUAAUAGAGCAGAUCCAAUAGAUUUUCAAAUAUUUAAUGUUAGUUUUUCUUCAAAUAAAUAAAGAUCAUCAGAAUUCAGGAUUCAAUUCGAUGUUUAUAGAGUCUUUCAUUUGUAUAACGUAUCAAUUAUUGAUGUCUCAUUUGACAAUAUUGUUAUUUUUGAUAUAAAUUCGAUAUCUAAGGAUGGGAAUUUUUUAAUAGAUUUAUUUGUAUUGGAGAAUUGCUAAUUUAAUUAAACUACAUUGUUUGCUUUUAAAACUAUCUAAAAAAAAAUAGUUAUAUAAAACCUUUUUAUUAAUUAAUGUGAAUUUAAUAGGUCCAUUCUGCUUAGUUUUAACUAGGAGGACGAUGAUUAAUCUACUAUUGUUAUUAGAUCGAUCACAAUCAAGAAUUCAUUAUUUUUUAAUACUUCAAUUAUACAAAGUUUAGAAAAAAAUAAGUUUUCUAUAGAUUAGUUUCAGAUGAUUGAAAAUUAAAUAGAAAACUCAUCGUUAAUCAGAGUUAGUAACGAUUUAUUAAGCUCUAAUGUUGUCCUUUAGAAAAAUUAUUUUAUUAAAUCUAUCUUGUUUGAAAAGCUAUUCUCAAUUUCUUAUGAAAAUUAACUUAUAUUCAAUGAGAUCAAUGUAACUUCAAAUAGAUUACAUAACUUUAAGGUGCUUACAUUUGAUUAAAUCAGAAUACCAUAUUUAAUUUAAUUGAAAAAUCUAGAUUUUAUAGAAAACAUUAAUCCUUAAUUGGAUAUUUAAGAUUAUUUAUUUCAGCUCAGUUCUUCUAAUCUCUUAAUUUAGAAUGUGCUUAUACUAAAUACUUAAAAUCUACGCUAUUUUUAUUUUUUCAACAUCUCUACAAUUAAGUUUGAGAAUGUUACUGUUUGGAAUUAAAUCUAAGUUCAUAAAAUUCCACUUUAAUAAGAUUGUUUAAUCAAUCAAUACUAACAUUCCAAACUUUUAUUUGUGUAGGGAUUUUAAGAGUUAACUUUGAACUUAUUAACUCUGCAAAAUUAAAUUACUAUUGAUUAACCUUUGAUUGAAAUUCUAUCAAAUGUAGCAAUCAUAUAAGAAAAAACUGAAAAAGUUUUAAUCUCAAAUUUUAAUGCUACUGGAAACAUUUUGUUGAAGAUCAAUUAAGGAAAGGUUUUUUCGAUUAUUUCAAUAUUUUCAGAAAAAGUUUAAGAAGUCUUCUUGAAGGAUAUAUUAUAUUUGCAUAAUUGUUAUCAUUAAUACAUUACAGAUCCAACAUUUAAUUCCGCAAGUUUGUUGUUUAUUAACUCACUCCAUAGUGCUGUUCUAAUUGAAGAUAUUUAAUGCAUUGAAAAUUCACUAACAAAUUCUUCCAAUACCUUUAUCGCAAUUAGUUCUAAGGAGUUAACAAUUUUCUCAAUCACAGCUUCCCAUCAUAACUAUGUAGGAAAGGAAUUUUGGAAUUAAUACUAUGAAAUUUAGUUGCAGAACAAUCAUGAUGAUAUGGAAAUUAAUUAUUUGAUUGAAUAAGCACUUUCAUUUUAGAAUAUUGGUGGAGUCAUGUCUUUGUUGGUUGAUACACUAACAUUAAAAAAAGCAAUAUUUUCAUACAUUAUAGCAGAAAGUAGUUCAGUUUUAAGUAUCUUCACUAAAGGAAAUGGUAUGCUAGUUCUGAGCGAUUUCAAUAUUUCUUAUUGCUUAAGUAAUUUACUCUCAAAGUCUGAGAAAGAAGGAUCAAUUAGUAUUAAUUCAAAGGAUAGUUAUUUAACUUUGAGGUUAUAAAAUUUUACUUUGAAAAAUAUCUAUAAUAAACUAGCCCCAGCUAUCCUUUCUAUUUAAUCUUCAGGGGUGGAAAAUGAUAUUAUUAUUCAAAAUGGAGAAGUUUGGAAUUGUUUCUCCUUAAUAAAUUCAUUUUCGGCUAUAUUAUUUAAUUCUGAGACUGCUGAUUAACAUCAAGUGAAAAUUGAAAAUAUUUUAAUCCAUCAAAGCGAAUAAGGCUUACUACAAUUUGAUUCAUAACUUGGACUUUUAGAUACUGUAAUGCUAUCACAAAUUGUUUAAGAUAAUGCCAUUUUUCAUAUUUAAGGGUGCAAAUUAAAAAUCAAUAAAUUUGUAUUUGAAGGGGUUGCCCAAUCCUCGAUCUUGAAAUUAAUUAAUUGUAAGACACUGUAGUUAAUGGAUAUUUUUUUGGAUAAAGUCACUACAUUUUAUAAUUUGUAGUUGAUAAACAUUGAAAUAGCAUCGUAAUUCUAGUCAAUAAUUCAAAUUCAAAACUUAAAUAUACAUAACAUUAGUUUUUUGUAAAUCUAAAAUUAGCAAUUUUAUCUAAAUCCAAAAUUCUUAGUGAAAUAUUCAAAAUGCAAAACAUAUUAGCUUAUAUCACAAUCCACUAAUAACAAACAGCUAGAGACAUAACCUAAUAAUUUUUAAUAGAUUUCAUCGUAUUAGACAAACAAAGGAUCAAUUUUGUUGAUUAUUUGUUCAAAUAAUCAAACAAAAAUAAAUUUGAAAUAGAUAUCUCUAAUAAACAACGAUUGCAAAUUUUGUUUAAAUGGACUAAUGUUUAUUUAAUUAAUUGAUUUUACUUUAAUUAAAAUCGAUGAAUUCUACUGUAUAGGAAAUAAAAUUAAGUAAUUUGGGUGUAUUUCUGCAUUAUCUGAUAAAUAAAUGGAAGGAAAAUUAUUCAUUGUUAAUUCUCUGUUUCUUAAUAAUUAAGGAAUCCAAGGGACAGCCUUGUCUUCAAUAAAUGUUAAGACUUUUUUGUUUAAUACAAGGAUAUUGAACAAUAUUGCAAAUUUAUUAGGGGGUGGAUUAUAUUUAGAUCUAACCAGCAAUGAAUUUUAGAUAAAAUUAACAAUUAUUUAAAAUAAUGAAGCAAGGGAAGGUGGAGGAAUAUAUUUAAAUGGAGAUGGCAUUUUAAGUCAAUCAAAUUUUGUUAAAUCCCUUCUUGUACUUAAUAAUGCUUAACUAGAGACAAAAAAUCUACAAGAGUUGCCUUCCCAUUUAGAUAUCUCAAUAAAUUUUAAGACAUUGUUUUCAAAUAAACAGAUAAUCAACUCAAAAUAAAUUAGUUCAUUAUAAUUAAAUCCAUAUAAAAUCAUCUAACAAGGGAAGUUGUUCAUAGCAAGUUCAUUAAUGAUACCAAGUAAUUAAGGUAUAACAAAGUAUUAAAUUUAUAAUCCAAAAUAUUAGAAAUUUGUUAGCUAUUUAUUUGAGUUCUCUAUUUAAUUUAAAAAUAGCUUUAAUGAACUAUUAUUAAAUUAUUCCAACUCAAUUUGUCGAAUAGUUCAGUCAACAUUUGAUAUUAAAACUCUUAAAAAAUUAGAAUCGACCAACAUUACAUAAAUUUAUUAUGACUAAAAAACAAACAAUUUUAACCUUGGUGAAUUAACUUUCAGUUUGGAUCCUUAUAAUUAGAGUGAUAAAGUCUUUGAAAUUUCUGCCUUCUGUAAAGCAAAAAAUUAUACUGAUGAAUUAUAGUAUAAUAUCAGAGUAAAAACCUUAGUUUGUUAAUUAGGAGAGUUUUAUAUAGUAGAUGGUUGUUCAACUUGUUAAUAUCAAUAAGGAUUUUAUUCUGUUACAUACAACGCUACAAAAUGCUCAAUAUUUGAUAAAACAAAAUUUGAUGCUAUUACAGCAAACAACAUUUAGUUGAAACCAGGAUUUUGGAGACCACAUUAUUAAUCUGAUAUAGUUGUUGAGUGCUUCAAAAAUCUUAAUUCCUGCAAGGGAGGUUGGAAUGUGGGGGAUGAGAUAUGCAAAAUUGGAUAUAUUGGUGGAUUAUGUGAGGAAUGUGAUAAAUUUAAUUUACGGGGAGCUGGAUAUUAUUUUAAAAAUGAUUAAAAUUUGUCAUGUCUAAAUUGUUCAGACUUCUCUGUUAAUUUUGUAUCUCUCAUUCUUAUUGGACUUUGGUACAUUUCUUAUUUUAUUGUAGGGCUAUUAUUUCUACACUUAUAACCUUAAGGAGCGUAGAGAAAACAAAUUACUUGUUUAUGUCAUUUAAAAUCAAUCAAAAAUUUUCAAAUAUACUAUUCAAGCUUAAUUUAGGUAAAAGCUUUCAUGUAAUUAUUUUUAGAUUAAGAGAGCAUCUUAUUGAAGAUGUAUCUAAAUUAUAUGUGGAUAUUUUCAUUGAUUUUUACUUUUAACAUUCAGUUCUCAUUUUAAUUUAUCUUUGUUAAUAAAAUGAAUGAUACAUCUUAUUUCAUGAGUCGUAAUUUAGACUGUAAACUUGUAUAAUGGUUUGGAAUUUAAUUGUUAUAUAGUAGAAUAAUAGUGAUGCUCAUAUUGGUUUUUAUUUUAAUUUUGGUCACAUCAUCAGGAAUUCACAUCUUUUUUAUUAUAAACAAAAUUAAAUUCCGCAACAAUAUAAUUUCAAUUACCCUACUAUAUUUGUAUAUUUAGAAUUACGCAGCAUUUAUAAAUCAGUAAUAUUAUCUAACUAUCUAAGGCUUCUUUCAAUAUUGGCAAAAAGAUAAAUCUCGAAUAUUGAUUAUGUUUAAGGAGAUGUGUCACUACUCUUUGACUCUUAAAAUCACUACUUUUGGAUGAUUACAUUUGCAAUGCCGGUUUCACUUUUUAUUGGAUUGAUUUUACCGAUCUCAUUACUUUAUGUUUUGUACAUCAACAAAAAAUAAUUAAACGAAAUAAAAUUUCGAAGACAUUUUGGAUAUUUAGUUAAUGAAUAUAAAGUCCAUAGCAUUUUUUGGGAAUGGAUAAAGUUAUGGAAGAAAACAAUAAUCAUUUUUAUAUUGAUAUAUUUUGAAACCAAUACAUUUUUAAAAGGAUUCUUAAUUGUUAUGUGCUUAAUAAUCUAUUAAGUUUUUACAUAAAAAUACUCACCAUACAUAUAUGAAAAAUUAAACAAUUUAGAUUUAUAAACUGGGUAAUUAUGCUCAAUAGCUAUUAUUUUGGCUUCUGUAGAAUAUAUCUCAGAGUAGUAAGCUGAUUUUCUCAAAGCAGAAAUUUUUUAAAUUUUGAUAAUCCUAUUGUGCAUAGCGCUAAGCUAUCCCUUUAUUUUUUAAAUUCUAUUUAUUUAUUACAACAAAUAUAAAUUAUAGGUGUUAAUGCUUUUGAUAAUGAUUUUAAGGAAAUUAUCAUUGAAAUCAUAAUUAAUAUUUAGAUUAAUUGAUAAAUUGAAUCAAUGGAAGUAAAGGUAGGAUAGAAUAUACAAAAAUUUCUAAAAGAUGCGGUCUCAUACUAUCUUAAAAUAACGUCUUGAUAAAGAGAAAAAACGGUAAAAUAUUCUAUUAUUAAAGAAAAAUUUGUAUUGGCGUUCAAAACUUAUAAUAAACCAAACCUAUUAGCGAAAAUUUCAAACUUUUUAUUCAAUGA